UCUCCUUUUUUAGUGAUUUUUGUGGCUCUCUGGUUUCUGUCGGCGGAGUGAAAGGAAAGGGAAGACUUCAAAAUGGCAGCAGAUGUGAGUACACGGGCCAGGAUGUUAAACGGCCACCGUGAAGACGCCGCUGCAACGGCCACCGGCAAUUCAGAUAUUUUGAUAACAAGAGACUUGCUUGGAAAUUUGUCAAAGGCAAAGAACAGAGAAAUGGGGUUUGAUGGACUCAAGUGGAAGAAUUCCAUGAACAAGAAAGAGGAAGAAUCUUCUCAAAACUCCAAGAACAAGAAAGAGGAUGAAUCUUCUUCCUCAUCUUGCUCCUCGUAUUCGGAUUCAAAGGUUCAAGAUUUGAACUACCCACCAAAGAACUUUUUCCUGGAUGAAAAUAGCUUGGACUUAAAGCUGCAAUCUUCUUCAUCUUCUUCUUCGACUUCUAAUCGGAUCAAUUACCAGAGCGUUUGCACUCUGGACAAAGUGAAAUUUGCCCUGGAGAGAGCAGAGAAAGAGAAAGAAACGCCGAAGAAACGCUCCCCAUGGAUGCCCAUUUCUUCGUCGUCGUCUUCUCCAACCUCCAAAAUGUUUGCGGCUGCGUGCCCCGGUUGCUUGCUUUAUGUGAUGACUUCGACAACGAACCCGCGAUGUCCCCGCUGCCACGCUUUUGUGCCGAAGCCCAGGAUUGAUCUAAACGGAUCGUUUUGAUUGUGGCUAUGGAGGUUGUUGCGAUGCUAUGCGAUGGGGACAAAAUGCAAGUUUUUUUUUCUUUUUUUAUAUUUUGUAUAGUGAAAAUUGAAGACUUAAUUUGUUCUCUCUCUCUCUCUCUAUCUUUUUUUUUUUUUUUUUUUUUUAUGAAAACCAUAAAUAUAAUGUAUGUUAGUGA